CAAGUGAGGUAACUUGAUCCCGGUGUGUGAACACUCGCCCGGAAAGUCUCUGACAGCAAGCCACAACAGCCCAGCGUCUGAUCCACUGCAGAUCUCGCCACUCUCUGGGGACAUGUGUUAUAUUAACGAAUGGCCAAAAAGGUUUCUGAAGGUGUUUUUUCAGCAGUACACUCCCCGGCAGGUGGAGAAAUGCAUAGACAACGAGGCAGAAAAGGAUUACCUGUACGAUGUGCUGCGCAUGUAUUACCAGUCCAUGAACCUCCCUGUCUUUGUGGGUGAUCUGAAACUUGUUAUCAGUGACCCGUCCCGACUGCCCCUUUUUGAUGCUAUUCGCCCCCUCAUUCCUCUAAAGCAUCAGGUGGAAUAUGAUCAGCUCACCCCAAAACGCUCAAGAAAGCUGAGGGAAGUGAAGUUGGAUCGCUCCCAUCCUGAUGGGCUCGGACUCAGCGUCAGAGGUGGUCUGGAGUUUAACUGUGGUCUCUACAUCUCCCACAUUAUGAAAGAAGGACAAGCGGACAGCGCCGGUCUCCAGAUUGGAGACGAGGUGGUUCGGAUAAACGGAUACUCCAUCAGUUCGUGCACUCACGAGGAAGUCAUCAAUCUCAUUCGCACAAAGAAGAUCGUGUCCAUUAAAGUCAGGCAUGUCGGGAUGAUUCCUGCGAAAAGCUCGGCAGAGGAACCCCUAAAGUGGCAGUACGCGGACCAGUAUGUUGCUGAGACGGAGGAUGGUAAAAGCAGUGUUGCAGGGCUGGCAUCCACCGGUGGAAGAGACCUCAAGGAGAAGAAAGUUUUCAUUAGCUUAGUAGGCACCACAGGCAUGGGAUGCAGUAUUUCCAGCGGCCCUGCCCAAAAACCUGGAAUAUUUGUCAGUAAUGUUAAACCUCGCUCCCUGUCUGCAGAAGUUGGCUUAGAGGUCGGUGACCAGAUCGUGGAGGUAAAUGGCGUGGAUUUCUCCAGCAUUGACCACAAGGAGGCAGUGCGAGUGUUAAAAAGUAGCCGGACCCUGACGCUAUCUAUUCUUGCUGGAUUGGGUCGGGAGCUGUUUAUGACAGAAGACGAGAAGAUCAUGGUACAGCGACGCCAUGAGCUGGAUCGGCAGGAGCUGCUCCGACAGAAGAAACUCGCUAUGGAGACCAACAAGAUACUGAAAGAGCAGCAGGAGAAAGAGAAAGUGAGAAAGAUUGAGAUCUCCAAGAAAAUGGUGGAGGAAGAGGAACGAUAUCACAUAGAAAUGGAGAAGAUCUCUGCUCAAGAGGAAAAAAUAAAGAAAGAUUGGGAAGAAGAUUGGGGACGCAAGGAGCAGCCAAAGAGUCCGAAGUCUGCACCCCCGCAAACCAGUCGCAGCCCCCCAGCAAAGAACAAGACAUUUGGCUGGUUCUACCGAUAUGAAGGGAAGUUCCCCACCCUUAGAAAGAAGGGAAAAGAACGGAAGAAAUCGAAGGCCGAGCGGCUGUUUGAGCAGAAGAAGAGCAAGAAGGAAGUGGAGUUUGAGCAGAAAUUGGCCAAGGAGAAAGAAGAGAUGUUUGAGAAGGAGAAACAGCUAAAGAUCAACCGUCUGGUUCAGGAGGUCUCUGAGACGGAGCGAGAAGAUCUGGAGGAGUCGGAGAAAGUUCAGCACUGGGUGGAGAGACUCUGCCAGACCCGGCUGGAGCAGAUCUCCUCCUCUGAGAACGACAGUCACGAGGGAGCAGGAGGGCGCCCACCUGCUGUGGCUUCUCCUCCGGCAGCUGUGCCCGCUGCUGCCGCUGUGCGGAGGUUUGUUGGUGGCCUCCAGCUUCACACCACCGAUUUGGACGACGUUCAUUUAGAAGACCCUGGUCGUCCUGUUAAAAGGUUGGCACCCCCUCCUCCUUCACCGCGUAUGUUAUCUGCAUCUGGCAGCGCCCACCAGGCUCCUUCUCCCAACAUCACGUUGAUGAGGAGAAGCGCGCCACCAGCCUCGACAAGGACUUCUCCCAUACAGCCAACGUGGAUGCACUUGCCUUCUCCUCCACUCUCAACUCCACCCCCUGCACCUCAACACCCUACAGGGUCUCCGCGGCCACCACUACCCUUCUCUGAGGAGUUAAAAAGCUACAGAGGAAGGUCAACGAUGAGGUCUUCCAACCCAGAACCAGCCUACCCUCCAAGCCCAAAGGUUGUCAGGAACACGUCAAAUCUCAGUAAGAUCUCAUCGACGUCCAGCAAUCCGCUGCAGUUUGCACCGAGUCCACCCACUCAGCGCCGCCCGACUGUGCCCAUCCCUUCCAAGCCCGUCAUGCUGCCUCUGGACUCCAACUUUAUCCUGAGACCAGCAGUGAAACCGGAUCCUCUGCCGCCGGAGAUGCUGAAGCGGAUGGUGGUGUACAAUUCCUCCUUCAGAUCUAACAAGAGACAAGGUUUCCAGAAAUAUGUGGAAGACUUUGACCCAUACACGAUGUUUGCACCUCAGCAGAUUGCAGGGAAGGAUGUACGACAACUAAGAAUAAAAAAGGAGGGAUCUCUGGAUCUUGUGGUAGAAGGGGGCAUAGAAUCCCCCAUUGGGAAAAUCGUGAUCUCUGCUAUAUACGACGGUGGAGCCGCUGACAAUCACGGCGGGAUUGUGAGAGGGGACGAGAUUUUGGCUGUGAAUGGGAAGAUUCUAACUGAUGUGACGUUAUCUGAAGCGCAAUCGACGCUGGCGAAAGCCUGGAAUUCAGGAGGGGACUGGAUAGAUCUGGUCAUAGCAGUCUCACCACCAAAGGAAUAUGAUGAUGAGGUCGCUCCUUCAGACAGUGAGCUGUUUGGGAACAGUGAUUCUGUAUAUAGACCUGGCUUUCUGCUGCAGCUGCAAUAACUGCGAG